AUGGCUUUACUGCAGCCAUUAGUUACCUCUUGCUUGUUAAUUGCAUUUUGAAAAGACAGCGUACCGAAGCGUUCAGUUAAGCUAAUUUGAAUGCCACACGAUAUGAAAAUCAUUGAUUGUUUAGCUAAACAGACAACAGUUAUACAUUUCGUAGCUAUCUUGUUGCAUUGGUACUGCCUUGAUUUCUGAGAUGAAUCUGUCAAUUGGGCAUUCAUGAUUUCCAUUCAGUACUUUAUCACUGUGACUUGUAGGUUGCGCCAAAUUAAUACAGACAAGGGGAUAAUACUCAAAUGUCUAGCUAGCUAAAUACACAGACUACACGCUUGCUCUGUGAUGCAGAUAGAGUGUUAUAACAUUGGGUCAUUCAGGACUAGAAAAUGAAACUAGCUAGGUAGUUAUACGGGUAAUUAACGGUGCUUCCCUACCCUCAUCGGAAAGGAGUGGUUGCAAUGGAAUGAAUGGCGCAGGACAAUGUUGAGCUUUACAGCUGAUGCCGGGGAUCGACUUCAAGAUUAGAACAAUAGAACUGGACGGCAAGAAAAUUAAGCUCCAAAUAUGGGACACGGCAGGGCAGGAGAGGUUCAGGACCAUCACCACGGCUUACUAUCGCGGAGCGAUGGGCAUAAUGCUGGUGUAUGACAUCACCAAUGAGAAAUCCUUCGAAAACAUCAAGAAUUGGAUCCGGAACAUCGAGGAGCAUGCAUCUUCAGACGUGGAGAGGAUGAUCCUAGGGAACAAAUGUGACAUGAACGACAAGAGACAAGUGUACAAAGAGAGGGGAGAAAAGUUAGCAAUAGAUUAUGGGAUCAAAUUCCUGGAAACCAGUGCAAAAUCCAGCAUAAAUGUGGAAGAGGCCUUUUUCACACUCGGGAGAGACAUCAUGACAAGACUCAACAGAAAAAUGAAUGACAGCAAUCCGUCAGGUGGAGGGGGACCGGUGAAGAUCACGGAGAGCCGAUCCAAGAAGAGCAGCUUCUUCCGAUGCGCGCUGCUCUAACGGAACUCUGCACCUCCGCGGACCAAACACAGACCUCUUCUCUCUGCUUCCUCGGGAGGGCGCCAUGCCUCCCAGCCAUAACCCAGGGCUCUCAGCCGGCUGCUGCCGGGGGCCGCCUGUUCCCUCCGCCUCGGUGGGGGGGAAGUCUCUUUGUCCCGUCUCAAAAAGAAGAAACGAAAGCUGAAAAAAGGAGCAUGUACGUGGACCUGCUGAUGAGGCGUCAGUGUUGACCUCCCCUGGCACCUUGACCUCCGUGAACCGUAGCAGAGCCUUGACCUCCCCGUCUCUGGGAUUCACUUGGCCCUUUUUUUCUGACUACAUACCCAGAUUUGUGUCUUUGUCCCAGGCUUAAACUUUGCUUACUGCCUAAUGCUUUUAGCAGGACAACACACCUUUUGAUUGGAAUCCUUGUUUUAAUGUUGUCUUCGCAUUUGCACACUUCUUGGGUGCCCUUGAUAUCUUUUUUACUAUGAGAAGGAUUCUAUCCAUGAUCAUUAAACACACUUCAGCAUCCCAAGUCUAAAUGCCCAGUCAUUAUAGCCAGAGUUGUUACAAAAACGAGAAGAGGUGCACCACAACAAGCUGCUUCAGUAUGAAAGAGAAGUGUGAGCGUUUUCUUUUUCCCUAGACUUUGCUUUUAUUUUCUACCAAAGCUUAUCGUGUCAUCUUGAUCAGUUGAGUCAGUUGCUUAGUGACGGUAGUUUACAGCUGUUUAAUUGCGCUUUAAAUAAUGGCCUGUUUCGUAUUGACGGUUCUGUGUCAUAGCCUUGGACAUGGGAAAUAAAAAGAAGGAUAGGAAAAGCUAUGUGCAAACAUUCGGCUUUUAAUAACAGAUUAACAAGCUGUGACUGAAGCUAUGCUUGAUUGCAUUGAAUAGCUGUAAUACAGCACUUUUAUAAAAACAGUAGUAUAUUAGCAAGAAUGUCUAAGUAGGUGUUUGUGGUUUAGAAACCUUUUGAGUACAGCUGUCUGGUGAUUAUUGCCACCGUAUGGUGUAGUGGAGGGAGGUAGCAAUGCUGGCACUUUGAGUGAAAAGCACCUUGGAGAGGACUUCACUUGUAUGAUUCUUCAGAAAAAUUCAGAAAUUAGCUUUUUUAAGUUCCCUUCAGUGUACUUUUCACCUACCUUCUCCAAGCUAUUAUCGCUUGGAGAACUGUGCAGAACUAUUUCAGUCAUCAAAGGUGUGCAAUAGUGUACUUUGGUUCAAGGACUUUCUGCUCUAGUUGUUUUUAACAAAUGAUCUAAUGAGAAUAAAUUGAAAUCGACAAAUUAUAACAUAUCAAAUGUAUCUAACUAGGGGGGAUAUCUUUCUUACUUUUGAGUGUCUUUGCGGCUUUUAUUGUUAUUUUAUGUUUAAAUUCAACAGGCUUUGCCAUGCAUAAUUGAUGCACAUCAUAGCGCAUUGCAUCUUCUCCUGUGGAAGACACUUGCUUCUUGCAUCUCAAGUAAAUGAGACCACAGGGGGGCACUGUUUGGUUGUGAGGUGAGACGAGGGAAGGGCAGAUCUCUAUGCUAGUGUUUGUUGAAGCAGCGGCAGACUUGAGCUGUGCUGUGACAUGCAUUUAAUGCAAAUUUCUUAUGAGUAGUUCAUGUAUUAUUAUAUUUUUGUAUGUAAUCUUCCAAAAACAUGGAAUUCUUACACCAUGCUCUCUAAGAACGUGUGAAACCAUAGGAGAACCACUUUAUGCAUGCCUGUGUAAAUUCCCUGUAAGCUAAAUUACUGAAAUGUCAUGCAUCACUUGUUGAUUAAUCCAUGAUUUUAUUUCAUAUUAAUAUUAGCACUGUCACUGUCAUUUUUUAAAAAUGUUAUUGAGUGCAGCCUGUUAAUUUUUUAUUCUUUCUUUCAGAAAACAAAGUUGUAUAAUGUAAAAGAUUUUUUGCAUUGUUUACAAAAGCUGUUCUUCAGUAUUAACUCUUUCUUUAGCUGCACUUUACCUUGUGUGUUUUUGCUCUUAAUGUAAGGGUGGAUGUUUUUUUUUUACACAGGUGACAAUAAAAGUCACACUCGUGCCGAUUUUCAGGUUGAACGCAUUUCAUAGUACAACUGAAGACUAGCGACAGGCAUAGCUUUUGUGACCUAACAACUUAAAUCCUGGGCUGUGAUUGGGCAAAGUGUCCUUUAGGAAGUAACCACUGCAGUUCACUUUACGGGUUGACACAACAACUAAUCGCCAUAACAACCUCAUGCAGUGAGGCGGUAUUUCAGUUUUCAUGAGAGUCGGAUAAGAUUGAGAAAUCAAUUGCACCGAUCAAAGCUGUUGCAUUGUAGCGCAAUAUGUAUUGAGGUAUUUAAAGUCAUUUUUACUGUAUACCUUAUAGUAUGGGCACCUCCAAAAUGUGAAACAUUUUGAAUUUGUCUUGUUUAAAAAAAAAAAAAAAAAAGUUCAAUCAUUUUCUUAACUUUGAUGCCGUAGCCUGUCAGUACACCCCAAGUCUCAGCUGAAGGUAAAUAAAUUUGAAUUUUGUUGACACACUCGUCCCAACUCCUGUAAAACCUGUAUUUGUUUACCCACCCCAGUAAAUUCUGGUUAAUUUGUAUUUCUCUGUGCAAUGAAAGAAUGUUGUUUUGACUGUGUCCUACUGUACUUAAGUGUAAAUUGAAAGUGCUUCACAGAGAAAGAAACAUUCUGGCUCUGUCAUACAGACAUAUUGCCGUGAAAAAAAUUGGCCCCUAUAUUGAUUUCCUCUGUUGCAUAUUUGUAACACUGAAUGGUUUCCGAUCUUUGGACGAAUGUAAUAUUCGACAAAGGGAGCUUGAGUAAACACGAAACACAUUUCAAUUUUUUUUAUUUCAUUUAUUUAAUAAAAAAAGUUAUCCAACACCCAUAUCACUUGUGAAAAAGUAAUUACCCCCUUAAACUACACUGGUUGCACCACCUUUAGCAGCAAUAACUGCAACCAAACACUUACUAGAAUUUGAUAUCAGUCUUUCACAUUGCUGUGGAGGAAUUUUAGCCCACUCUUUGCAUAACUGCUUUAAUUCAGACAAACUGGUAGUUUUCCGAGCAUGAACUGCUCGUCUCAUGUCCUGCCACAGCAUCUCUGUUGGGUUCAUGUCCGGACUUAGACUACAUCACUCCAAAACUUUCAUUUUGUUUCUUUUCAGUGAACUUGCUUUUGUGCUUUGGAUCAUUGUCUUGCUGCUUAACCCAAUUACACUUCAGCUUCAGCUCACGGCCAGAUGACAGGACAUGAAUUCUCUGGUACAGCACAGUGCAUGAUUCCUUCAAGUCAUCCAGGACCAGAGGCAGCAAAGCAUCCCCACACCAUCAUGCUACCUCCACCAUGUUGGACUUUUGGGAUGAUGUUCUUAUUGCGAAAUGCUGUAUUUGCUUUAUGCAAAACAGAAUGGGACACGUCAUCCAACAAGUUCCACUUUUGACUUUUAGCAGUGGUUUCUACCUUGCAAAUCUUCCAUAAAUUAUUAUUGUGGAGUCAUGAACUCACUGACCUUAGCUGCGGCUAGAGGGGCUUUUUUUCUGGGAUCUUUUGUGACUUCCGGGUUGCCAUGCCCCUGGAGAAAUUUUGGCAGGCUGGACGCUCUUGUGAAGUUUCACCACUGAUUCAAGUGUUUUCCAUGUGGAGAUAAUGGCUCUUACAGUGGUGGAGUCCCAGUCUGAACCUUAUAAAUGGCUUUGUAACCCUUUCCAGACUGAUAUAUUUUAACACAUUUUUUCCUCAUCUCUUCUGGAAUUUACUCUGAUUGUGGUGUUUUUGUAGAAACUUUGUGAUGACUGCUUCACUUUGAUGGUAAAGUUCAAUAUGAGUGAGUUUUAGAUACCACUGGGCUGGCUGCAAUCAAGCCUGGCUGUGUUCAGUCAGCUGAAUCUAAUUGUCAUUUCAAUUUGGGUAAUUGGUGGAGUGAGUAAAGGGGUGAUUUUUCACAUGAAUGAUAACUUUUUUCAUUAAAGAAGUGAAAUAAUGUAAAAAUA